AUCCACUAGCGUUCGCCGAGUGGCGUCACCAGCGGUACUGUAAUGACGAUUGCAGCAAGAGGAUGACAGCUUAGAAAGAAGAGGGCAAUGGGGCUUCCUCCCAGAGGCGGUGCGGCACAGACCAGCGCUCGCAUCACAAGGUGACCCUAGCUCCCCACCGCCACCUCCGCGAGCGCCGUCUACACCGCGCUUGGCUGCUCCGCGCCCGCCUAGUCUUCCGGCCUCUUUUGCUCCUUUUUGCAGCCAGUAUCUAUCUGGUCGCUGGGGUCCCAGGAAGCCUGGGGUUAGGAGCUUACGUGGGGCUUUCCCCCUCCCCCUCUCCGGAGAGCCCAGGGAUGGAGAGCCGGAAGGACAUGGUUAUGUUUCUGGAUGGGGGUCAGCUUGGCACUGUGGUUGGCAAGAGGGUCUCCAAUUUGUCCGAAGCCGUGGGCAGCCCGCUGUCAGAACCUCCAGAGAAGAUGGUGCCCCAUGGUUGCUUGAGCCCGCGAGCUGGCCCUCCGGCCGGGCGGGAGCGCAACGGGGGAGGCCCGGAGGAGGAGUCAGUCGAUGGACUCGCAGGCAGUGCUGCAGGGCUGGGCGCUGAGCCACGGGCUGCCGGAGCGGCCAUGCUCGGCCCGGGACCCCCGGUCCCCUCCACCGACAGCCUCUCCGGCCCGGGGCAACCUAGUAGCUCAGACACCGAGUCGGAUUUCUAUGAAGAAAUCGAGGGUCAGGUUCCGAGGCACUGGGAGGCAGUCCUAACAGCGGCAGUGAGGUCCCCAAGAGUAACGGUGGUGGCGGCAGCAGCAGCUCACAAGGCACCCUGGCCUGCAGCGCCAGCGACCAGAUGCGCCGGUACCGUACCGCUUUCACCCGAGAGCAGAUUGCGCGGCUAGAGAAGGAAUUCUACAGGGAGAACUACGUAUCAAGGCCGCGGAGAUGCGAGCUGGCAGCAGCCCUAAAUCUUCCGGAAACUACCAUCAAGGUGUGGUUCCAGAACCGACGCAUGAAGGACAAGCGCCAGCGGCUGGCCAUGACGUGGCCGCACCCGGCUGACCCCGCUUUCUACACGUACAUGAUGAGUCACGCGGCGGCCGCGGGCGGCCUGCCCUACCCCUUCCCGUCGCACCUGCCCCUGCCCUACUACUCGCCGGUGGGCCUGGGCGCCGCCUCCGCCGCCUCCGCCUCGCCCUUCAGCGGCCCGCUGCGCCCGCUCGACACCUUCCGCGUGCUCUCGCAGCCCUACCCGCGACCCGAACUGCUGUGCGCCUUCCGCCACCCGCCCCUGUACCCCGGGCCGGCGCACGGACUGGGCGCCUCGGCCGGUGGCCCCUGCUCCUGCCUUGCCUGCCAUAGCGGCCCGGCCAACGGGCUGGCGCCUCGGGCCGCUGCCGCCUCGGACUUCACUUGUGCCUCCACCUCCCGCUCAGACUCCUUCCUCACAUUCGCGCCCUCGGUGCUCAGCAAGGCCUCCUCCGUCGCGUUGGACCAGAGGGAGGAGGUGCCCCUCACUAGAUAA